AUGUAUCGGUCAAUGCAACAGACCCGGCUGCUAGUGCUCGCACGCCCGUGUCGCUUCGUCGCCCGCCGCCGGUAUCCCGUGCUUCCGUCCGCGGUCUCGCGUCAAUUCCACUCGUCUCGAAUCGCUCUCUCGUCACCGCCACAGGGGUCUCAUGAUAGUGGGUCAGCAGUCCCCGAGGACCCCUCGGAGGAGGGCCCAUCGCCCAACUCGGAGGGCGAUAUCUUGAACGAUGCGCCGCUAGCGGCACCAGCAUCCGCCGAACAGUCAAUUAGGUUGGGGUCGAGGCCAUACGGGUCUGCUGUGCGCAGAGCCUUGAGGAAUAGGAAGCCAAGUCGCCAAUACUCCCCGCCAGUCGCUACCGUCCCCAACUGGUUCCAUGAGCGCAAUACGGUGACAUACAACACCCACAACCCUUCGACGGCGCAAUCACAACAUCAGGUUGGAAUAGCAAAAUCAGCAGUGGGGACUGGAGAAACAGCGGGAAGCCAGACCUCCGGGGGCGAUCGAGGAGAUCCUAAUUCAACCGAUCCUCCAACAUCAGACAAUCGCUACGCGGUGGCUGAGAGCUCGUGGGAGGGUCUUCGGGCUUCUGUCAAAGCAGGCCUGCAACUACCGCCAGCCAAGUAUGCCAAAGAACCAUCAGCAAACCGGUCCCAUCUUGUUCUUCAAUACCCGGGAUCAAAUGGAAUCUUGUUCUUGGACGCGGUGGUGAAGAGGCUCACCCAUGAGCUGAGUACCGAUCUGGUGACGCUCAAUGCCCAGGAUAUUGCCCAACUCUUCAGCGAGCAAGAUCUUGCAGAACUCGGCAUGACAUCGCCUAUUCGGUCUCUUGGAUAUGACGUGUACCGGCCUGCGUUCGGCCCAGGUCGACCAGAACAAGAGAACACGGAGGUAGAUGACGAGGAGGAUAUGAGCGAAUCAUCUGGUCUUCCUCGAGAUAUCAGUGCGGCCAUCAACACGCCCCGAAUUAUCACGAUCGAGGGCCGGGGAUCGGGCGAUAUUCGGCUCCCGUCUCUUUUCGGUCUGAAGUCGCUCAUGGCACCAUCCAUGACUGGCGCUUCAGACCAAGAACCAAUAAUGUCUCGCCAAGCAGGCCAACGCAUUGAGCAUCGCUGGUCGCGACUGGUCAAUGAGCUCCUUUCAUCUUCGGGCCGACCACAGCCUUCGUCUUCCAGCGAGCAAGAGACAGAGGCACCAGCAGGGGGCGCAACGCUCUCGCCAUCUCACGACCUCAUUGUUCAUGUACAGGAUUAUCGUGAUAUCCAGGGCACCGAGGAAGGCGCCAAGUUUAUCUCACUGCUACAAAAAGCUAUUCAAGAAAGGAGAGAAGCAGGUUCAAAAAUUCUGCUGAUCGGAACUGUCUCUGAAGAACCCCAACCUUUUCUGUUUGAUGAUCAUUCCGCAAAGCCUUUGCUCGUCACUCCUGCCAUGGGUGCAAAGGCUGCCGAGAAAACUUUUAUGGAGGAUCAGAAGAAGCGCACAAGAGACAUCAACAUCCGUCAUCUACAGAGCAUGCUGCGGUUCCGGCUCAAUGAACAGGAUUCGCCUCUAGAAGACGACAUCUUUGGCGAGCGCGUCUGGCCGCUGGAUUCGUCGACGAUCAACGAAUCUGGCCUUGAGGACCGCUACUGGACCUACAGUCAAGUACAUUGGAUCGCAAAUCUUGCUCUGGGCUGCGUGGAGGCCAACGAGACAUUUGGUUUCCAGCAUAUUUCAAAGGGCAUUGGGCUUAUGAACAAAGGUGAGCAAAUCACAAAGGAGUGGUUGCAAGAAAAAUCGCCCAAGUCGAAGGAGUCCGGAGCUGCACAGACCCGGGAGCAAUUGUUGAGCUCAUUGCGCAAAACAUGCAAUACGCAUGAGAAGAAGCUGCUCAAUGGUGUGGUUGAUGCGAAGAGCAUCCGAACCACGUUCGAGGAUGUCCAUGUGCCGGAGGAGACCAUUGAUGCCCUCAAGACGCUGACCUCUCUCUCCCUGAUUCGACCGGAGGCCUUCACCUAUGGCGUCCUGGCCACCGACAAAAUUCCCGGGCUUCUUCUCUAUGGUCCCCCCGGUACCGGUAAGACGCUUCUUGCCAAGGCUGUUGCACGUGAAAGCGGAGCCACGGUCCUCGAGGUCAGCGGAUCUGAAGUAUACGACAUGUACGUUGGAGAAGGCGAGAAGAACGUCAAGGCCAUCUUCACCCUCGCCAAGAAACUGAGCCCAUGCGUGGUCUUUAUUGAUGAGGCAGAUGCCAUCUUCUGCUCGCGCACCGGAGCCAGCAGCCGCACGUCGCACCGCGAGCUGAUCAACCAGUUCUUGCGCGAGUGGGACGGCAUGAACGACCUUUCCGCCUUUAUCAUGGUCGCCACCAAUCGACCUUUUGAUCUGGAUGAUGCUGUGCUCCGCCGUCUCCCGCGUCGACUCCUGGUGGACCUGCCGACGGAAGAAGACCGCCUUGCCAUCCUGAAGAUUCAUCUGAAGGAGGAACAUAUUGAUCCCUCGGUGGAUUUCGCUGAGCUGGCCCGUCGCACACCGCUUUAUUCUGGUUCCGACUUGAAGAAUCUGUCCGUGGCCGCAGCGCUGGCCUGCGUUCGAGAGGAGAACGACGCGGCGGCGCAGCAUCAGGGCAAGGAACCGUACAGCUACCCGGAGCGGCGUACAUUGACCCGGGCGCAUUUUGAGAAGGGCAUGGAAGAAAUCAGUGCGUCUAUUAGCGAAGACAUGUCUUCGCUGUCGGCGAUCCGCAAGUUCGACGAACAGUACGGCGAUCGGAAGGGCCGGCGGCAGAAGAGCUCAGGCUGGGGUUUCACGCCCGCCAGUGGCGAGGAGAAGGUCGACUCAGCGCGAGUUCGCACAUGA